AUGGCGGCAACAAACAACAACGAAAGCUGUGUUAUCAACAUCUCUGCUGGCACAACGAAGUACUGGACUCCAAAGUGUGAACCCACCAAGAAGCCUUUCCCGGGUCAGGUGUUUACUAGUUUGGAAGCUGCAAUUCAGUUUUACCAAACUUACGCAAAGAGUACUGGGUUUGACGUGCAUCGUGCAUCCGAUAAAAGGGACCGGCAUGGAAAGAUCACAUGGAAGUAUGUGUUGUGCUCACGUGCAGGCUUUAAACUUCCUACUGGCGAGGGGGAUGGCGUAGGCAUACUGACAACUGAUCACAAGAACACAACUAAAAGGCGCCGUGUCACAAACAGAGUGGGGUGUAAUGCAAAGAUAGUAUUCAAGAGAUUAGAUAGUGAUAGUUUUGAGGUAAACUCAAUCGAGGAACGCCACACUCAUUCAUUAUGCACACCAAUUUCUAGACCAUUCAUGAAGGCAAAUAGAAAACUUGACCUUGGUCACCAAAAUUUCAUCAUCAACUGCUCAAAGGCAAACAUCGGGUCGUGCAAGAGCUUUACACUAUACGAAGAGAUGGUAGGAGGUUUUGAGAAUGUUGGAGCUACAGUAACAGAUUUUGGUAAUUUCAAACGAGAUAUAAUGGCAUAUAUAGAAGACACAGAUGCCCAACUAGUGAUAGAUAAGUAUAUGGAGAAGAAAAACGUGUCACCUGAUUUCUAUUUUGCCCACGAUGUUGACGAGCUGGACCAACUGUGCCGAAUAUUUUGGGCAGAUCCUCAGGCACGUCACAAUUUCAAGCUAUUCGGUGAUACUAUGUCAUUCGACGCCACAUACGAUCAUGGUGUGUACACUAAACCAGUGUGCAUAGAUGCACCCUGCAAGUGCCUAAUGGGCACACAACUGCCUAAUACCCUACUUGAAAACACCUCAGCUACAGAAGGCUACCAGGCACAUGUGUGCCCACCAGGCACUCAGUACAAGUUGGUGUUUGUGCCAUUCACCGGGGUUGACCACCACAAGAAGAGCGUGACAUUUGCAGCAGGACUAAUCGCCUGA